GAUUAUGGAGCAGUUCUGUAAGUGUAUCUCUUUAUAAAGCGGACACAAUGGGUGGAGCAGUUUUACUUUCUAUGUUUUACAUAUUGAAACAUUCGCCCCAGAGUAAAUUCAGCAACUUCUUAAAUCGUUGAAAGAAGGGUCAAGAAUCGAAGAUGCGUUUGUUUCAAGUGAACAAAUUUAUUACUUUGAUGACAACUAAAAUGACAACUUCCUUGGGAAAUUUAAUUUAAGACGUAGAAAAUGACUCUCGCGAAAAGGGAACCUCCUUGGAUCUGUGAAAUGCAGCCAUGAAAUUUAGAAUUGCAGCUUUGUGUGAAAUCACUGAGACGGAUAUGAUUGACAUUCCAGUGGCUACCGAUAGCCUUCCUACAGCGAUGAAGGAAUAGCGAAUAGCCUUGUUUUGGGAUCAUCGUUAUGUGGCUAGUUUUAAUAGUCAAUAGUAGUUUUUACUAAUCUACUGUAAAAUCAACUAAAAUCAAAUUGGUUUAAAGCGGAUUAUUUGCAACAUGGGUCUCAAAGCGCAUAUCCAAAUUGAUUGCUGGCAACAAUUCAAGAAGUUUGGGGUUCAAGCGUGCUGUUAUUGCCUCCUGUGGAUUUUGAUCUAGGGGGUUUAAAUGGUGCUGAUAACGGACGACAGGGAAGGAGGACGGUCUCCAGUCAAACUAAGACAAAUUCAGAAAAGUAGAAGUCGAAGUGAUGUACAGGUUCACCCCGCACAAACAGUGGAAUAUGCUCAUUUCUCGGAAAAAUGCGACAAUCUAGAAUCUUGCAAAGAAGACGUCGAAGAUGAUUUUGAGGACUACGACGAAUUCUCAGAGUUGCCCGAUACUAGGAGUAUUGCCUCGGAUGAUUCAUUUUAUCCACCAGAUGACAGCUUCUCAGACAAUUGGAGGACACCAUCUCCUGAGAGUCCGGUGCCUCUCUCCUUUUACCAGGCUUGUUGUAGUAAUAAUGCUGCCAUUGUUAAGAUGAUGAUACAGCAAGGAGUGUCUGAAGACGAAGUGAGAGAGACGGACAAAAACAGUAGGACAGGAUUGAUAGUUGCCUGUUACCAGGGAUAUGUGGAUGUAGUCAUUGCCCUUGCUGAGUGCCCUUACAUUGAUGUGAACUGGCAGGACAAUGAAGGCAACACUGCCCUCAUUACUGCUGCUCAAGCCGGACACAUAAUGAUCUCAAACUACCUGCUCAACUACUACUCUGGCCUUGAUAUCGAGAGAAGGAACUGCCAUGGCUUCACAGCCCUCAUGAAAGCAGCUAUGCAAGGCAGAACAGACUGUGUCCGAGCUUUGAUGUUGGCAGGAGCUGAUCUGGAGGCUCGGGACGAUGGGCGCAGGCUAACUCCGCGGCAGUGGGCUCUCUUCACGUCCCGCUACGAGACGGCCCACCUCAUGCUACGCCUGAUGAUCCAGCCCAGCCCCGAGCAGUACUGCGACUCCUACCAGCCCGAGUGGGCCAAACUGCCGGAGAUGCUGGCCAGGGCGCAGGAGCCCAAAACCUGUCUGCAGAAGCUGUCAGAGACGGUGCGCGGCGUCUUCUCCUUCAUUGGAGGCCUGGAGCCUGCGGAGGGCGGGGUGAUGGACCACUUCGUACGAGCGAGCACUGGCCUGACCAGCCCCUUCGUCACCACGGCCUGCAGGACGGUGUGCCCCGGCAGCCCGCCCUGCGUAGGAAAGAGGCGCUACGCCGUGCAGGAGAUCCUCCACAAGCAGCAGAGCGGGCAGCGCGAGAGUCUGGACCCUGAGCCCAAGGGCCACCACAGGAAGCUCUUCCAGAACUGCAGGGCCGCGCUGGCCCACAGGAAGAAGGAGCGGCGCUCCAGCAGGGAGGUGGCGGAGGGCGGGGGCUCUGGGACCCAGAGGCGCGGCAGUCUGCUCCCGAGCAGGAGGAGCAGCGUGAGGCCGGACCUCCCCGUGCCCAAGGUACGAGUGACCAGGGCCCCGCCGCCCACCUACGAGCCUGAGAAAACCCGCAAGAAGAGCAGCUGCAGGGACGGGCACCUCCUGCAGAUCCCCAAGUGGAGGUACAAGGAGCUGAAGGAGGAGAGGAAGAAGGCAGAGGAGGAGGAGAGGAAGAGGAUGGAGGAGGUGGAGAGGAAGAGGGUUGAGGCUAUUGCGCGGAGACGUUUGUCUGCAGGGAAGAGAAAGUGACCCUAAAACCUUAAAACUGUCGAGAGUCAUCUACCAGCUGCUGAGUAAAGCCACACGCCUUGUGAGGGCUUCAUACUUUCAAUUAUUUAUAUUAAUUUAUCUUUUUGUUUAAAUAUUCUUUAAUUUAAUCAUGUUCAGUCAUUUGAUUCACAUCACCAGCAAAGCUAUAGUGAGAGCCGUCUUUAUCUUCAACAAUAUUCUGGAGAUUUAAGCAUUUUGUCUGUGAUUUUUGAACACACAUUUCUUUUUGGGGUUGGAGAGACCAAAGGUAAACUAUCCAAAUAUGCUUUAUUUUUUAAUACAAAGAGUGUUACUACUGUGAAGAACAAAAAACUUAAGCACUAUUUAAAGAACUAUGAUAUAUAAAUCCAAUGCAAAUUCCUUUACUAAAAUAGGCUUUUGCAUUUAUAGCAUCAAUGGACAAUCAAAUUUGUCAAGCAAUAUCUAUUCUUUUUUUAACAACAUGAAAAUCUUUCAAAGAUUUUGAAAAGCUUUAAGAAAUGUAUAAUGAGUGUAUAUUGCAGCAAGAAUGCAUCACAGCACUGUAAAACAAAAAGUAAUGCAGUUCUGUAUGUAUGUAUGCAACCACUGCCCAGUGAAACAGGUGAGAACUGGGCAUUGUACUUAAUGUUUACAUUAACUGAAAAUGAGUGAUAAUGUGUUAGUACUAAGUUAAUAAGCAAAGCACAAAUUAAUAUAUUUUAUAAUGUUGUCAAUGUAGAAGUCAUAAAACACUAUUUGUAUCUGGAUACUGAAAUUACGUGACUGGAUGGAUAGGGAACAUAUCAUAUAUGUAUUAACAGCAUGUUAAUGACACAUAAUCAGAAAAGUAAAAAAAAUACUAAUUGGACUAUUUUGUUUCCAGAAAUCGGUUUGUCUCACAGCCUGCAAUAUAUGUACAAUAUUGUGUACACAGCAAAAUAGACAGGCCUGUACUGGUGGACCUAAAUAAAUAGCAUACUGUAUUCACAUUUAUUCAGCUUUUAUCUGGUCCUAUUCAAAGUAAUGUAAUACAAUAAUAUAAUGUAUAUAAGUCAAAUUCCCAAUCCUCUACCCUAUGAAGCAGACAUUUUACUGGGAAAAUGAACUGACACUAAAAGGCAUGGAGAGAAUGGGGAAUGAGGAUUCAUUACAGUUACAAAAUACUAUUAAGUGACUUGUUGAUUUAAACCAAUAAUGAUGUUUUGCUGAGGAACACAAUAUAUUUGCUUUAAACCAGGCGUGCACAAUCCUGUUCCUGGAGAUCCUGUAGGUUUUCAUUUCAACCCUAAUGUGCACACCUGAUUCCAUAAUUAACAGUUCAAUGAGAAAUGUCAAAUGAGGUGCGCGUGUUUGGGUUGG